CACCACACUCGACCUGGGCAAGGCAGUUGGGGUACUGGAACGCCACCUGGCCCCACGACGGAAAUCGUCAUUUGUGUCCAACAUUCAUAUACCGACGUGGCAUUGUCUGCGUUCUCUGAGGGUGAAAAUCUGAUAUGCUGGCAACGUUCUGGUCUUCCAGAUUGACGAUCACCGGUCAUGGAAUGUGAUGAAUCCAGAGAGAUUGUACUAAGAGAUACCACGAGCCGUAUCAAGGAGCUGGAAGACCAGAAGCAACGUCUACUUCAGGAAGUCAAUGAGGUAGACAAGGAGCUGCAGCUUGCUCAUGCGCGACACAAGCAGCUGCUUAACCACAGCGCGCCUAUCUCCGUCCUUCCGUUCGAGGUCUUGUCCUCCAUCUUCAUGCUCUGUUCUGAAGAUGCUAUCUGCCACCGGUCCUCAUUCGGUAUCACUGCCUCCCACGUCUCUAGCACCUGGCGGGCCGUUGCCACUGGUACUCCUAUGCUCUGGAAUAGGAUAUUCAUUAACCUCAGCAUCGUGUUGAAGCACAGGAAUAGCCACUUUGCAAAGAAGUUGGAGCUGUUGAAUAUUCAUUUGAGCCGGUCGGGCGAAUGCUUGCUGAAUAUCCGUUUGCAGGUCAACGGAAAUUACCCAUGGCCAGAUUUUCUUGAUAUUAUGGCCGCACAUCUAUGGCGAUGCAAGGAACUCUCCAUGUCCAUAGCUAACAACUUCUCGCCGAUCGAGGAUGUCAUCAAGAAGUUGCGAGCAUUAACUGCGCAGCAACUCGAACGCCUAUCUAUCCGAAUCAAAUUUCACCCUCACCAUCCUCACCUACAAACACAAUACGAACUUGUAAAGCCUCGGAUUUUAUCUGGCGGAGCCAAUUAUUUAUCGUUCGUGCGGCUUUCCGGUGUUUCAGGCCCUCUCCAGCCGCCCUUGGGCAAUGUUACAACGCUUCACAUCGAUGGGACUCACAUGGACGAAUUGCAUUUGGACCAGUGUCGUGCCUUCCUUGGGUCCAUGGCAAAGUUAAUCAACCUCUCGUUGUCGAGAAUGAAGCUAAAAGCCGGUUUGGCCAGAGAAUCUACGCCUAUCCACCUUCCAAACCUCGAGUCCCUUCGUAUCAGCGGCACUGAUGAACUCGACCGCUCUCGCAUGCUAAUGGCACAAUUACCUUUGUCCCAGAUUCAUUCCCUUGUUCUUAAGGGUAUUGAUGAUUUGGGUGACAACCAGUUUCCAAAUGUCCGCUCUCUCACGUUGAGCGCAUGUUCAUUUCCCAGUACACAAUUAGGGCACACUGUGGAUGCGUUUCCGUCGCUGACUAGCAUCGACUGUGACUUGGCUGUCAUUUCGGUAUUAUUAAUAUUGUCGUGGACAGGCGACGAAGCUGAAAACGAUGGCGUACCGGCUUUUUGGAAGAAAGUGGAGACACUUUCCAUACGAGACAUGGAACCUCUACAUAUCGAGUUGCUUAUUCGCUCAAUCACGGCUCGAGUGAAGAAGAGUGGCGCAUUCCGCCUUCUGCGUCUUGACCAUCGAAGCCGAUCUGCUCUUCGUUCCAAGAAUGAGCUGACACGCCUCGAAAAGAUGGUAAAUAUCGACAAGUGCGACUAUGUGGAGGCAUGGCCAUCUGGUCUUGAGUACGAGGACAAUGACGACAGUUUUUGGGACUAGGCUGCAUUUGUUCCGCACCUUGACAAUAAUGAAACGAAUCUCCGCGAAUUCCGAUUUUUGCCUUGUUUAGUAUUUCCGUGUUAUAAAGCUCGCUCAGCAUACUCUGACGCACGCCAGGACACCCGAAUCAUGCACAUACUAAUAGUUAUUGCUAAUAGGUGUAUAUACCCCGAUUUCG